GCAUUUAAGUUGAACUGGGACUUCUUUCUCUUACACAACUGUGUCUUUUCUUCAUUCUGGUCUCAUCUCCUGGCCGGUGUGUGGUAACCCCUCACGUUGCUCAUCUUUGAUUUUUAAUUAAACACCCCGUUGGAAAUGAGUGGAGACCUUUCCCACAGUGAGGACCAGGUUGACUGUGGCUCUCGUUUUAAUGACUCUCACAAGCAUAAGGACAAGUACAAAGACAAGGAGCACAAACACAAGGACCACAAAAAGGAUAAGGAACGAGAGAAAUCGAAGCAUGGCAACAGUGAUCACAAGGAUUCCUUAGAAAAAAAACACAGAGACAAAGAGAAGGAAAAGGUGAAGCACAAAGAUGGCAGCACAGACAAAUACAAGGACAAGCACAAGGAGAAGAGGAAGGAAGAGAAGAUGAAGUCCCUUGAUGGUAAAAUCAAAAAGGAAAAGGAAAACGGAUUUGCCAGCCCUCUACAUGUGAAGUCUGAGCCUGAAGAGGACUUUUACCACUCUCCUAAACUCGAGAAAUCUCUAAAAAGAGAACGGGAUGAUGAUAAUGACGCUGAAUUCAAGCCGAAGAAAAUCAAGACUGAAAAUGACAAGAAGGCAAAGAAAAGAAAACCAGAAGAAGACAUAAAGUCCAAAAAGUCAAAAAACAAAAAAGGACAAGUCGCAGAUGGAAAAAAGAAAGCAAAGAAAGAGCCUGAGGAGAAGUGGAAAUGGUGGGAAGAAGAGAGAUACACAGAUGGCGUCAAAUGGAAGUUCCUGGAACACAAAGGGCCCGUGUUUGCGCCACCUUAUGAUCCUCUUCCUAGCAAUGUCAAAUUUUACUACGAUGGUAAGCACAUGAGGCUCAGUCCAGGAGCGGAGGAGGUCGCAACAUUCUUUGCCAAAAUGUUGGAGCAUGAAUACACAUCAAAAGACAUCUUCCGCAAAAACUUCUUUAAAGAUUGGAAAAAGGAAAUGACGCCUGAAGAGAAGGCUAAAUUAACAGACCUUAAGAAGUGUGACUUCACCGAGAUGAGUGACUACUUCAAAGCCCAAUCUGAAGCCAGGAAGGCCAAGACAAAGGAGGAUAAACUGAAAACAAAGGAGGAGAAUGAGCGUAUUCUCCAGGAGUAUGGCUUUUGCAUCAUGGACAACCACAGGGAACGUAUUGCUAACUUUCGCAUUGAGCCCCCGGGCCUGUUUCGUGGACGUGGAGACCAUCCUAAGAUGGGAAUGCUUAAACGUCGCAUCAGGCCUCAAGACAUCAUCGUCAACUGCAGCAAGGACUCCAAGCAUCCUGCGCCUCCUGCAGGCACAAAGUGGAAAGAGGUUCGUCAUGACAACAAGGUGACUUGGCUGGUGUCAUGGACUGAGAACAUUCAAGGCUCCAUUAAGUACAUCAUGCUUAACCCCAGCUCUAGGAUUAAGGGAGAGAAGGAUUGGCAGAAAUACGAAACUGCCCGGAGAUUGAAGAAAUGUGUUGACCGUAUCAGAACCCAGUACCGUGAGGACUGGAAGUCUAAGGAGAUGCGGAUCAGACAGCGGGCUGUGGCUCUGUACUUCAUCGACAAGUUGGCUUUGAGAGCGGGUAACGAGAAGGAAGAAGGAGAGACUGCGGACACUGUUGGUUGCUGCUCUCUGAGAGUUGAACACAUCAAACUCUAUCCGGAAAACGAUGGUCAAGAGUACGUGGUGGAGUUUGACUUUCUGGGUAAAGACUCCAUCCGCUACUACAACAAAGUCCCUGUGGAGAAAAGGGUGUUUAAAAAUCUCCAGCUGUUCAUGGAGAACAAGGAGCCUGAUGAUGACCUGUUUGAUCGUCUGAAUACUUCAGUUCUGAACAAGCAUCUUCAGGAGCUGAUGGAUGGUCUGACAGCCAAAGUUUUCCGUACCUACAAUGCCUCAAUCACCCUGCAACAACAGUUGAAGGAGCUCACGAAUGUGGAUGAGAACAUUCCAGCCAAAAUCUUGUCCUACAACAGGGCUAACAGGGCUGUGGCCAUCCUGUGUAACCAUCAAAGGGCUCCACCAAAGACCUUUGAGAAGUCCAUGCAGAACCUGCAGACAAAGAUUGAUGCUAAAAGGGACCAGCUCUCUGAUGCCAAGAGAGAAUUGAAAAGCGCCAAGGCAGAUGCAAAAGUACGAAGAGAUGAAAAGUCCAAAAAGAGUGUGGAGACCAAGAAGAAGGCCGUUCAGAGGAUAGAGGAGCAACUCAUGAAGCUGGAGGUGCAGGCAACUGAUCGUGAGGAGAACAAGCAGAUUGCCCUCGGCACUUCCAAGCUCAACUAUCUGGACCCUCGCAUCUCUGUGGCUUGGUGUAAGAAGUGGGGCAUCCCUGUGGAGAAGAUCUACAACAAAACACAACGUGAGAAGUUUGCCUGGGCCAUCGAUAUGGCAGAGGACGACUAUGAAUUUUAAAUCCCAGUUUGUGGUUUUAACUAUGAUACACCCAUUUUUAUUGGAUACUUGUUUUUUUAGCUUAAGUCAAUUUUACUCGAUGGCCAGACCUGCCAGGAAUUUUAGACAGUUUGAGAAGAAAAUCAGUGGCAACAUGGUAGGAUGAAAUGAGGCCAUGUUGAAGUGGCAGGAGUGGCUGUGGGUAGUCUUAAACAUCUGAUCUGAGAUCAGGCGUCAAGGCCGAACUACACCCACAACUGAGCAUCAAGGCAGAGUCCCAGUAAUUGGAAGAUACUUUUAUCUUUGUUUUGCUCCCUCCAUGGAGACAAAAUGUGACAAGCCUGAACUUUGAACUCUAUUGUCCUACAGCUACUGUAUUAAAGCAAAAAGAAAGAAAUGCUUUUAUCAUUUUAUUUUUUCUUGUUCACUUGCUCUGUAUUUUAGCCUCCCAUGUAUUAUUAUUGAAUUCUAUAUUUUGAUAGACAAAGUUAAAUCAAAUGAAUCCUUGACUACACCCACAGGCCUUUCAAGGAAAAUGGAAAUGUGAGUUCAACAUUUGAGGGGUUUGUGUGUGCACGUGCGUGUGUAUGUGAGUCUUGGCCUAUGAAGCAAUCUGUUUGGGUGAAUAUUUUAAACUGGACAAUAUUGGAUUGUUUAGCAUGAAAGAGGAUGUCUGGGCAGGCAAAGGGCAAAAAUAAUGCAACCAUGUCAAUAUUUACUUAAGCAAGCAGAAUGUGAAUAUCUUGUUUUACAGCCUCCAUCAGGGACUUUUCUUUUCAGUGUAAAUGUGAACCAUUCAUUUUUAUCAUUCUGAGCUGCAAGCAUCCUCUCAAUCUAUCUGCGUUGCCAUGUCUACAUCUGAUUUUAACUUAAUUUAACAAUUGUUCCCGGAAAAAAAUUCCCAACUGUUACUUGAAGAAAAUGCUAUGAUAAUGUAUUUAAAGUCAGUUAAUGGAAAGUGUUUGUCUUUCCAGAAGGGUAUGUGAGGGAUAUCCACUUUGCCAAAAAUUACCAAUCUGUUACAAUUUUAGGCAUUUUUUAAUUGUGUAAAGAAUGAGGAUAAAGAAAUGUAACAUUAAAUGUGAAUUCAGUUCUUUUAAUUCCACUCUUAUGAUAGGAAAAUCGAUGUAAGUAGCUGUAAAGUCAACAUCCUAUUCUUGUUUUACCUUCUGUCAUAGCCUUUGAUCAUGUUUUAUUUGAAUUUUAUGCUCAGUGUAGGUUGAAAACAAUAAAAUCCUACAAAUAAA